UUCCUGUAUGAAUAGUGUGGCUGUGAGCAAGAGGCAGUCAGGGGACAUUCAGCAGUAGCGCCUGCACUGCUUGGCUGCAUUCUCGCAACAGAUCCGUAGCAGGAGGGCACCAGGCCAUGCAUAAACACUGAAAGAGACAAGGGGAGAUAAUGGUGCCCAGCUUUUCUUAGGAACUGAAGAGCUGUAGUGGUCCAUGUUUUCACUGCCAGACAGUCUCUGUCUUUGCUAACAGAGAGCAGUGGAACUUGUGUUUGCAUUAUAUAGUAGAUUUAAAGCUUUUUUUCAUUCAUCUCAACUCUUUUCUUCAAACAUGGGGUGCUCCUCAUCUAGUGCUCAGACUGUUGACCAAGAGAAAAGACCAGGUACAAAGCCAGAGGAGAGCAAUGGAGAUACAGUGGCAGUCAGAAAUGGUAUUAUCCCAGAAGAUGCACAAACCAUCGAGGACCAGAUGCAGCUGCCUGUGCAAACUGCCUUGCCUGACGAUCUUCAACCAAAAGCCGAUGAAGAGGCGGAGGCCGUGUUAGUAGCCCUGGAGGCCCAGGAGGAUCUCGGCUCAGGGGAGGACCUCCUGGCUGCUCCUGAGCCUCAGCCAGAACCUGUCGCCCCUGCAGAGCCAGCUUCAGAGGCUGCUGCUCCAGCUGAAGCUCCUGCUGAGCCUGAGGCUGCUGUAGAGGUGGUGGAGGCACUACCCCCUGUGGAGGAAGCUGCCCCUGUAGAAACUGUAGUGUCUGAGGCCGCUCCUGCUGUUGAAUCUGUUGUAGCUGUGCAGGCAGAGGCCCCUGCUGUUGUUGAGGAGGUGACCGCUGAGCCAGCUGAGGCCUCUCCUGAAGUUUCCACUCCUGCUGUUGAACCUGUUGUAUCAGAGCCAGCAGAGGCCCCAGUGAUUGUGGAGGAGGCGGCAGCAGCUGUAGCGGCUGAGGCCCCAGCUGAAGUUGCUGCUCCUGUGGAGGCAGAGGCCCCAACUGACAAUGCUGCACCAGCUACUGCCUCAACAGCACCAUGUGAAUCCUCAGGACCAGGUGAAGCUGCAGCACCAAGUGAGGUUUCAGCACCAGUUGAAGCUGCAGCACCAAGUGAGGUUUCAGCAUCAGUUGAAGCUGCAGCCCCAAAUGAGGUUUCAGCACCAGCUGAAGCUGCAGCCCCAACUGAAGGUGUAGUACGACAAGAAGCUUCAGCACCAAGUGACGUCUCUGCACCAGCUGAAUCCUCAGCACCUGUAGAGGCAGCACAGUCUCUUAUAGAUGCAGAGAUUGCUGCCGCAACUAUUCCAGUGAUGCCUCCAAUAUCACCAGUCAUUGUUGAGGCCCCAAGUGAGCCUCAGCCUGCUGUUGAGGAGGCAACCGCACCCCCUGCUGCCCCUUCUGAGGCACCCUGCCCCUCAGAAGCAGCUCCAGCUCCAGCUCCAGAAUCUGCUGCAGCUGAGCCAGUACAACAGGCAGAAGUUCUACCAUCUGUACCAGCUGUUUCAGAAACCCCCUCUGAAGCAGCACCAGAAACUCCAGCAGCAACUGUGACCUCAGAGGCUGCAGCAGACAGUGCAGCCCCAGCAGAGGCUCCUGUGGUUGAGUCCACCCCAGCCGAAGCACCCUCGGCAGCGGCCCCUGAACCCACACCUGAAGUGGUGGCUGUAACUGAGGCCUCUCAGGAGAGUGAGAAAGCCAAAAAGGAGGAUUGAGUCGAGAGAAGACAUACACCAAAAUAACGAAACCCCCAAAGCUACCAUUGUAUGACAACUCGAAGAAAAACAAGACGAAGCAAUAAAAGCUACAUUUUCAGUAUUGUCACAAGCGCUGACCAAACUGUUCCCCAGAUACAUUAAUAUGCAUGGUGCCUUAAUAACAUCUCAUUUAGGAAAUAUCAGUCCUUCAUCUGUAAAUAUGAAUCUUUAUAAGUUUUUCUACUGAGACCUUAAGUGCCUCUACAUGCAGGCCUAUGCAAAGAAAACACUAUAAAAAAAAGACACACCAGGACAGGUUAGAUGAGACAAGAGGGUGCACCAGUCUGUGAAAUCUGUGAACUCUUGUGAUAGUGUGAUGAACUAGGGAAGGAUACUUUCCAAAGUAAAUCCUUAUUACUUUUUAAAAUAGCUGCUUCUGAGGAAUACAAGCCAAAUGUAACUGUGAAUAAUAUUAUGCAAAGAGUUUGAGGUGACAGAAACUCCAGACUGGGUGGAUGAACAACACACUGGCUAGGUUUACACUGCCAGCUUAGUUUUUAUCACCUGUAGGGAAACUGAUUUUAAAGGAUCACAUUUUCACAGAUUGGAUUUUUAGGUGUCAUGAAGUCUAAACUUUGCCAUAAAUCCACAUUUUUGUUUGGUGUUUACACAUUAUUUAAUUGCAGCCUUUCUAAUCAGGUUAAUUUAAUUAAUAGCAAUGACAGUACUAAAUGCAGAGUAACGGAGUGUACAGUGUAAUACUGAUGAGCACUACUGUAAAUCCAUGUUUCCUUAAGUUUUUUUCUCAACAUCACUUUAUUGGUUUCAAUAGUAAAAUCCUUUUUCUUUUUUUGCAUAAGGAAGAAAAAAUGCAUGCAGAUGAUCACAGGAAGCAUAUGCACAAGAUUAGUUAUGACACAGUGAAUCAUUGCCAGGUUGAGGAUGCAGAUGAUCCAGGUACUGAUAUUUCAUCUUGCUGUUCCAUGAAGCCAUUUUGUGCAGCUGCAGUGUUGCUGGUGGAUGUUUAUAAAAUUUUCUUCAUGAAAAUAAAUGCCUUUCCAAUGAUAAAUUGAAAGGUCUCAUAAUGCCUGGCAACGCUGAUGUCAUAUGCACAUUGGUUUUGGUGUGACUGCAUUACAUAAGGUACAUGUGUAGCACAGUAAGAGAUCACCUAGGACAUGAUUUUAAACUAUCAUUAGUUCUACAUGAUGUGUUUAAAAAAAACAUGUAAAGUUCUUAGAAAAUUAUUUCAUUUGUGUAAGAUGUGAUGGAUGUUGUGGGAACAAAAUUUGUUUUGAUGUCUGAUACCUUUUUUCACCUGUUCGUUCGUCUCUGUAAUAUAUUCUUUUUCUGAGCUUUGUCUAUGAUUCUGCUAACCUAGUGUACAGAAUAAAGUUUCACUCACUAAUA